AUGAAAUCAAAAAGUGAGUCCGGUAUGAAAAAGACUAAGGUGAAGUUCACAAACUUUUUUAGUGCUUCACCAAGAUGUAAAAAGGCUUGUAUGAAUUGCCGUCGAAGAAAGUAAGUAUUUUUCUUGUUUAAUUCAAUUAGCGUUGAUUUUAACGUAAAUUAUUAGAAAAAAAUGUGAUGGGAAUACCCCUGUCUGUGGCACUUGUAAGGUUAAAAAAUACAUUUCUUGUUGCCAAGAGGUUCAAAAUCCAAGCAAUGGCUUGCCGAUUUUAAUACAUACUGAUAGCUAUGAAAAUUCAGAUUCUGUCGGAAAGGAUAGUUUUGUUCAAAGAUACAAUGAAUUGGACAAUUUGCCACAAAUCGUACAGACAGUUAAUUGCGAUCCAGAAGAUGCAGAUUUACUGAAUAAUGAUAACAGACAUUUAUCCAAUGCAAGGUUGAACUUGGAGAAGCAUCAGGUAGAAAUGUAUAGUGAGAAUGACAAUAAUAACUUCAAAGGAAGAGAAAAGAUUGGCGAACAUGAUUAUUGUGAGACCAUACCCGAUGAAGAAUGUAUUAAUGACCUAAUAGUACCACAGAGUCUUUACUCGGGGGUUAGUUUUAGUUUGGAUAGUCAGGGUUUACAUUUUUUGGAGUUUUUCAAAAUUAAAGUGUCUAGACUUAUAACAGUUGGACCGCAGUCAUCCAACUACUUACUAAAAACAUUUAUUCCCUUAGCAGUAAGUAGUAAGCCCAUUCAAUAUGCUUUAGCUUCAUGGGGUGGCAUGUUUAUAGAUGGGAAGCCAAAUAUUCAUAAUUACCAGGUUUAUAUGGUCAAGGCAUCGAAGCUUCUUUUAACGGACUAUGAUAUGUCAACUGUAAUCAGUAAGAAGGAUUUUUUUGUUAUUUUAAGUUUCUUUUUAAUUGCGAUGUCAAUUGAAAUAUGCUCAGCGGAUGUCUCCCGAUGGAAAGCUUUCCUUGAACAAUGUAAAAAUUUAAUAAUAAGACAAGGUGGUAUUAUCAAAAUUUUACAUGACUUUCACUUCAGUAAUGAUAUUAAGUGGAUGAUCUCGAAUCUACAAUUUCAUGACAUUUUGUCCUCAAGCACAUAUUUGAAUGGUAGUAUAUUGAUGGAUGAAUACAAAACUGUUUUUAGAACUGGUAAAUUGCUUGAAACUGAUAACUAUGGAAUAGACCCUUAUCAGGGGUUUAAUCAGCCAAUCUAUUUGCUUCUUGGAGAUAUUGUUAGUGAAAAUAUUAUAAUUAAACAAAAACAAAAUCAAUUACAAGCUGAUUUACAUAAACUUCACGAUGACAAAUUACAGAACUCAUUUUCAUUUGACACUCAUUGCAAUAAUUUUAGCUCGAAAUUACGAAUCACAUAUUACGAAUAUGUAAAUUCCACUGUAAAGAAUUUGAGAGAAGAGGUUGAAAAAUGUCAACCACAUGAAUUACAGAUGUCGCAGGAUUUAUCUCAAAAUGAAUUAGAAGCUCACCUAUCCUUAUUUAAGUUAAUCAAAUAUUCAUGCGAGCUAUUGCUUCUUCAAAUAGAAAUGGUACCUCCUUCUUCAUAUAAACUGCAAGCUAUAUUGAUGCAUGCCUUGGAUCAUAUAGACAGCAUAAUUGAUACUCGGAUGGUUCCAUGCCUCGGUUUCCCUUUACUCAUGUGUGGGAUGGUCGCUUAUAAAGAAGAGGAUCAGAAAGUCAUGAAGAGGCAAAUAGAAAAGCUUAUGCGAACGUAUUUUGUAGGAAAUACGGAAAAAAUAUACUGCAUAAUUAAGGAAGCUUGGAAAAUGAAUACGGAUGGGAAUUUAUGUUUUGAUUGGGCAGAGAUUGCCAACGAAAAAGGAUGGCUGUUAUUUUCCUGUUAG